GGAGCAGGGGAGGGAGAGGGAGAAUCUGGAAGUGAAAGAAGAGGAGGAAAAGAGAAAAUGCCGUGCCUUAACAUCGCAACCAACGCCAGCCUCGACGGCGUUGAUACUUCUUCCAUUCUCUCCGAAGCUACCUCCACCGUCGCCAAGAUCAUCGGCAAGCCUGAGAACUAUGUGAUGAUUGUGCUGAAGGGAUCAGUGCCUAUGGCUUUUGGUGGAACAGAGCAGCCUGCAGCUUAUGGCGAGCUGGUGUCUAUCGGUGGCCUUAACCCAGAUGUGAACAAGAAGCUAAGCGCCGCAAUUUCUGCCAUUCUGGAGACCAAGUUGUCAGUGCCCAAAUCUCGAUUCUUCCUCAAGUUCUACGACACUAAGGGUUCCUUCUUCGGCUGGAACGGAUCGACCUUCUAGCUCAAGCCUUGUCACAUUAGAUGUAAAAUGUGCAUGAUAUUGCGUUGUAGCCUCCCUGUUGUAUGACGUGGUGCUAUUUCCCAAAGACAAUUCGCUGUGCUGAUUUCCAUUCUUAUUAUUGGUCAACUUCUCCUUGAGAAUUA